CGACGGACAAAUGCCUAUUUUACUGUACCUACCGGUGACAUUGUUUUGGGAUAGAGAAACAGUGAGAGCUUUCAGGCGGAGCCAACGCCACCGAUCACCAGCGAGUUGCGUACUGUUCCGUCCGUGGAUGGCCGGCCAAGUGUUCACGUCGGGUGGCGGAGGAGGCACCGGAAUCCUGUGAGCUUUUUACCUCCCUAUGUACAAGCCAUGCAUUGCCAAGAGUAAAAAGUCUUUCUCCUCUUCUUCUUUUCCCUAUGGCAAUGGCGACGACAAGUGCUCAUGAUUGACAACAUCCAUAAUGAACUUCACCGACCAAGAAAAUAAGGGAUUAUGAGAAAGAAAUAAAAUCAGUAAUAUUGAGACUGUACUUCAAAUGUGGAGAUUCUUCUUAUGAUAUCGACGCUUCACAUUUUUCCUAUUAUGUUUUUUCUCGGUUUUCUUCAGUCAGUCUUUCAAUUCAAACAUGACGAAUUCAUAUGUUAAGAAGAUUAUCCUCAGAAUUACUGGCCAUUUUCAACAACUUAUUCUACGUACAAAACAACAGAAAUCUCAGAUAGUUCAUAGCUGUGAGUAAUUUGCAUACCUUGUUCCUGCUGCUAUUGUUACACAGGACACCUGUGCAUAUCCAACCAAGAAAAAAACUACCGCUGAGAGCACCGAGGACGACAACUAUGGUGGUGUAGCUCCAUGUGCGACGAAUGCCCCCUUCGUUUCUGCUCUAAUGGCCUUUGCAGAACGAGACGCAGCUUACUUUUGUUUUCCAGGACACAAUGGAGGCAAAGCUGCGCCGGCAAUGCUCUCCCAACUCUUUGGCCCCGACGUAUUCACGUAUGACUCGACUCCCCUCCCCUGGAUCGGCAACUUGUUCUCCUCCGAAGGACCACUCACCGCAGCCCAGAAGCUGGCCGCCGAAGUAUUUGGCUCAUCUGAGACAUGGUUUCUCGUGGGAGGAUCCAGCUGCGGAGUGAUGGCAUCGAUCAUGGCCACUUGCUCUCCUGGUGACUUCCUCGUUCUCCCUAGGAAUGCACAUAUCUCUGCGACUCACGCCAUGGUCUUAUCCGGAGCCAUACCAAAAUACAUCACGCCGGAGUACAGCUCGCUUUGGGACGUUGCCGGCGGAGUCACCCCAUCACAGGUGGAGACAGCUAUAGAGGAGCUGAAGGAAGGUGGGAAACGAGCUGCUGCGGUCCUCAUCACCUCACCAACUUAUCAGGGGAUAUGCUGCAAGAUCGAUGAGAUCACCAAGCUGUGUCACUCGCACGGCGUUCCGGUAAUCGUAGACGAAGCCCACGGUGCGCACUUCAAGUUUCAUCCGAGGCUUCCGAUGACGGCGCUGGAGCAAGGUGCUGACCUCGUGGUUCAAUCUACGCACAAGGUUCUCUCCUCUCUUUCGCAGUCGUCGAUGCUGCACAUGUCCGGACAUCGUGUGGACAGGGAAAGAGUACGCAGAUGCCUCGAAGCACUUCAGAGCACCAGCUCGAGCUAUCUACUCCUGGCGUCUUUGGACGCUGCCAGAGCUCAGCUGAGCGAGAAUCCAGGAGCCAUCUUGGGUAAAGCCAUGGAAAUGGCGGACCUCGUGAGGCUUCAGAUAGGGCGAAUUCCAGGUCUUUCGAUCUUGGAUGCAUCGUGCUUUUCCUCUGAUUUCCCCGAUAUGGAUCCUCUGCGUGUCACAGUCGGUGUCUCACGGCUAGGACUGACCGGCUUCAAGGUGAAUGAGCUGCUAUGUGAGGAGCACGGAGUCAUACCCGAGCUUGCAGGGAUGCGGUCUGUGACCUUAGUCUUCAAUUGGGGGACGUCCAUGGAGCACACAGAAAGGCUGAUCACAGCUCUGUCACAUCUCUCGACGACGUUCCUCGAUGAGAACCGAUCACAGAACCAAGUUGGGAGUGGUGUGAUUACACCGUUUGCUGGGUUUAGUCGGGAGCUCAGUCCAAGGGAGGCCUUCUUCGCGAAGAAGAGGAAAGUGGACAUUGGAGAAAGCCUCGGGAAGAUAUGUGGCGAGCUCAUCUGCACGUUCCCACCAGGUGUUCCGGUGCUGAAUCCCGGAGAAGUCGUAACCAGGGAAGCUUUGGACUAUCUGCAGGAUGCGAGGAACAAGGGAGCUGUGAUCUUGGGAGCAGCAGAUCCUCGACUCUCUUCCAUGUUAGUGUGCAGCGAGUGAAGCUUUCCGACCAGAGCCAACAGGACGAGUCCAUCCGAGUUGGAAUCGGAAUACAGAUCUAAGUAUUAAGUACUAAGUCAGAUUCUAAUUGUAGCACAUCUGGAUUGGGUUCGCAACCAAGGAAGGAAGUAUCGCUCUACUUUCCAGUCUGUCUCAGUUGCUUAAUUUAAUUUGGAGUUUCCGAGUCUGUCUCAAUUGCUAAAUAUAAAUUUGGAUAAUAAAAAUCUAUUGGAAACCUCACAAAUGUUGAUAAGUUAAUUUGCAUUGUAUUUUUGGGCAUCUUUUUCUCCCUUAUAAUAUUUUUUGUAU